GGUAAGGGGCCGAUUUGUCUCGCUCCUUACAAAAAAUCGGUGCAAAAAAACGGCAAAAUACCGUAAACCACAAACUUUGAACAAAAUGUCGAAAGAGGAUGACAUCAUGUCUGUAUGCUUGAAAGAAGGUCUGGACCUGCAGGACCUGAGAGCAACUGCAGGAAAGAAUGAGAGUCAGGGUGUCAUCUUUGAAGUUGCAGAAGAAGAUGCUCCAUUAGGGGAUGAAGAAUAUGAGGCCGGAAACUUCUACAAGGGUGAGGAGCUGUGUGAGAACAUGUAUCAUGACUCUGAUGAGGAGGAUGAGGAUGAUGAGUCUACGCCUUUCGAGAAGAUUGCACGCAAGAUGGAGGAUGUCUGCCCGGACAAGGAUGGUGGGAUCCUAAAGCAGCAGCUUAAACACGGAGUGGGGACUGUUGUACCGACAGGUUCCCUCGUCAGGUUUCACUAUAAUGCCUUCCUCGAGUAUGCUGAUGAACCUUUUGACUCCACCAGAUUGCGGAACAGAGUAGCAAAACUGCGACUUGGCCAAGGUGAGAUGAUCGAAGGAGUUGAUGUUGCACUGUCGACAAUGAGGAAGUCAGAGCUGUCACGCUUCCUCAUCAAACCUGAGUACAACCUCGGAGAGAGGGGCGCACCUCCAAGAAUACCACCAAACUCUACAAUGUUGUUUGAAAUUGAGCUGCUUAGUUUUGUGGAGCAAGCCGGAAUUGAGGAUUACUUUGACAUGACAGAGGAGGAAAAGCAUAAAGUGACUUGGGAUGACCUUAAUAAGCUGUACCACAUGAUCACGAAGGAGGCCAAGGAACUGUUUCAGGAGGGCCGCUACAGACAGGCAUUUCCCAAGUACAAGAAGGCAUGUACUUUGCUGGAGAAUCGCCGACUUUCUGGUGAAGAAGAGGAGCGGGAGGUCAAUAUUCUGUUGCUGCGGGUCUUCCAGAACCUGGCCUUGUGCUGCAUCAAGCUAGCUCACAGCGGUCGUGCCAUUGUCUACUGCAAGAAGUAUGAGCAGCUGGACCGAAAGCCCAACGCCAAGGUGCUGUACCUGCGGGGCAAGGCUCACAGCAUGCAGUGUGACUUUGAGACAGCGAGGGAUUACCUUAAAAAGGCUAACAAGAUCAAACCAAACAGUAAAGACAUAAUUGAAGAACUGGAAAAGUUGGAAAGAAACAUGAUACAGUACAAAUUUGAUGAAAAAGCCAUGUACAGGAAAAUGUUUUCAAAACCAAAAGGUGAUACUCCGGAAGAGGUUGAAAAAGAGAAUGCCCGCGAUGAAGAGAAAAAAACCAAAUCCCUGGCAUGUAGCGAUAGAUUCCGCCAAAUGGUGCAGGAAAAAUUGGAGUCUUUCAAGGCCAAUCCUGAGCUGACUGAUUUUCCAAUGCCUAGCUAUAACAUGACUGUCGGAGAGAUUGAAUGCAUCAUGGAGACAGCAGAUAAUUUGGGGCUUCACGCUAAACUCAGUGGAAGUGGAAACAGCACCCAGCUGCGUGUGAUGAAGAAAAUACCGAGUGGUACCUCAUAACUGUGCUCUGAACCAACACUGUGCCUGCGCUGUAUUACCCACUGUGUUCAUGGAUUUAUGGAGUUGGACUACAUGGAGCAUUCUCAGGGAUGGCAUGGUCUUCAUGCCUUAUGUAUAAACAACUUUGUUUAUUGUGAAAUGCUUAAAUAUCAUGCCUUAUGUGAGAGCUUAUUGUCAACUAGUUUUAAAUUAAGGCAUGAGCUAACAGGCUUUGACUUUUGAAUGAAUCUAAUUUUCUAUGUCGUCUUCAAUACAUAUGACCAACUGGUAAUGUAAAGUUAAAUUUAGAUUAUUUUUUUUAUACUUUUAAGGUGCUGUAUUUGAAAUCGUGCAAAUCUACAAAAUAAUGUAUAUAGAGUGUUUCUUUGGUUGAAGCAAAUUUGGUGAAACAGACCUGGACUUGUUUUGGUUGUUUAUAUGUCACACAUUUUAUGAAAAAUGUUCUAUAUAAAUCCUUUAAAUGUAUAUAAACCCUAUUGCGGCACUGACUCAAGGUCCCCAUGCUAGAGCCUGGAUCUGAGCCUUACAGUUGUGUCUUUUGCAUUUUUCCAAAUUCCAUUUAAGGAUAUUGACAGUGCUUUACAAAUCCUGACUUGUAUGACACCCAGAUAUGUAUAUUUGUGUGGGAACUAGCUUUCUGUCCGACUGCCUUGUCAGUUAAGUGAUAUUGUAGUUUUGAUGUCAUAAUUCUUAUUUGCUUUCAUUUGUAUUGAUGUUUAGUUGUUCUGAAUCUUAGUAUUAAUCCUUUUGAUAAAAGGUUUAAUAUACAGCCAUUCACAUUUGCAAGAACAUUUUCAUUCAUAUUUAAAUUGUUUUUUCCCCCCAUGUUUUCUAAACUUUUCUGGUUUUCUUCAUUGUACAAAAUAUUUUUAACUGUAUGUUGCUUUUUUACUUUAAUUGUUUUCUUAUUACAAACAUGUUAUUUCAUAAAUAUGACAACUA